AUGGUACUCCAAUGGCGCGUUGGCUCACCAGUUGUUCUGAAGCUUAUACUGGCGGUAACCGUUUGCCUCAUCCUGUACAUCAGCCAACAUCCAGCCCUCGACAGAUUCGAUCACCGCAUUUCGAGCCUCGACUUGUCCCUCAAGCUCCCCAAAGAAGGUCUGAAUUUCGGCAAUAACAGCGAUCACCAUGGCUUUUACUCCUCCGACGCCGCCGACCGAUUCUGCAAGCACCAUGGUUACCCCGUCUUCACUCCUCAAUCAGAGACUGGCCAACGAAAGGUGUACGACCUGUUCAUGGUCAAUACGGAGCUCGACUGGAUGGAAAUUCGCUUGAACUCUACAUACAACUACGUUGACUAUUUUGUCAUCGUCGAGUCCCCAAAGACUUUCACCGGCAAGCCCAAGCCACUCACUAUCAAGGAGAACUGGGAUCGGUUUAAGCCUUACCACGACAAGCUCAUUUAUCACGAGCUCGAAUUUCCGUCGACCUUUAACCCUAGGAGAUCCUGGGACUACGAAGACUUGCAGCGCAACGCCAUGUACACCCAAGUUCUACCCAGACUCGUAGGCAAGCAGGCCCCAGUGUACGGAGACGUCAUUCUCGUCGCCGAUGUUGACGAGAUUGCCCGACCAGAAACACUCCUGGUCCUGCGAACGUGCCAAUUUCCCCGUCGUCUCACCUUGCGCAGCCGGUUUUACUAUUACAGCUUCCAGUUCCUACACACGGGGCCUGAGUGGGAACACCCGCAAGCCACCUACUACCAGGGCUCACGCACACUCCUGCCGGCGAACCUCCGAAUGGGAGAUGGGGGUUUCAAGCCUCUGUACGAUCUCGAGAAAUCGAACCUCGCAAACGCCUGCUGGCACUGCUCCAGCUGCUUCGCCACCGUCGACGAGUUCCUUACCAAGAUGUCGUCCUUCUCUCACGAGUGGAUGAAUGGCGAAAGGUUUCGAAACAAGGAUCGCAUAGCGGACGCCAUCAGGAACGGAAAGGACCUAUGGGGCCGUGCCGUUGAUCAGUUCGUGCGCCUGGAUAAUAAUACAGACAUGCCGAGCAUCCUGUUGGACGAGCAGGAAAGAUUUGGGUAUAUGGUGAAUCGGGAUGGGCCCUCAGCGGGUUUUACUGACUACCCAUGA